AUGGCUAACUGUAUACCUCUUGUUUUCUUAAGCGUCUUGUGUUUGUCGAUCACUGCUAAGACACAUGUGCAAAGUUCUCUUUACCGAGAUUACAAAACGAAACAUGGAAAAUUCAAAUCAAAUCAAAACCAAAGCCUCUUAGUCACACUAACAAAGUCGCACUUUCUGGAAGAUGCAUUGGAGUGUUCAUUCCACUGUAUUGGGGAUUCCAAAUGUUUGUCAUAUAAUAUAGCAAAAUCUCCAGACUCUAAUGGCAUCUAUAUAUGUGAGGUGCUGGCCACGGACAAGUACAGAGCUAAAGACAGACUUCAAGCGAAUUCUAGCUUCCAUCAUUUUAGCCCCAAGGUGAGUAGUUUUUUUUAAAGCGUCGCUCAGAUCAGUUCAGUUUUGAGUGUAAUCAUUCGUUUUCUCAUGUUUUCUGUCACUGUUGUAUGCGUUGAAUGCUAUACCUUUGAUGAGAACUAUCAGUCAAACCCUCAAUACAAUACGAGGUAUGGAAAAGCAAGAUACGUAUAAAGAAUGAUUGGAGGGAAUACUCCUCUAAAUAAGAUAUUUAGGCAAUGCUGCCCCAAAGGACCUAGUUUUUGAACCGUUUUGAUCUGAAAAUGAUUGCAUAUUUUUAAUAUGAUGAAGUAAGAAUAAUUUUUCUUUCAAUUCCAAACCGAAAAAAUAGAAAGAGAAAUGGCCAAAUAUAUAAUUCAGCUGAAUUUUCCAACGGAUCUAGCCAAUGCUACAUAAAAAAUGCCCUUACAGCCAUUUUCAGACGUCAGGUCUGUAAAAGAGUUUAUGAAAAGUAUCUUUUGUUCUAGAACAAGGCGGCAAACCCAGAAUACUGAGAAGUGCUCCCCAAUGAGGUCAAGGACUAUGGACUUAAACCAUUUCUUUUUUACACAACCAAGGUUAUGAUGAAUUCAUAAUCAGAACCUUGAAGAGAAAAAAAAAAUUAGUAGUACAUUUGCAUUCGUGCCUGUAUCGAGAAGAAAGUUUCGAUGCAUUAGUUGAGUAAAUACGCAUUGUAAGGGCAUGCAACAGAUGGAAAUUUUCCUCGACAAAGAAGUAAACGAUUUUAAAAUUAUUUACUUACCUUUUUUAUCCUAAAAUAUGACUUAAAAGAAGAUGUUUAUCUUUUUCUUUAUGAUACAGUCGCCAUGUGAGAGCUCGCCCUGUCAGAAUAGCGGAACAUGUAUUCCUGACUAUGAAGGAAAUUCUUAUUCCUGCAAUUGCCCAUCACAUGUCACUGGACAGCAUUGUGAAACACGUAAGUAUGGAUUGGUACUUAGAAUGUUAUGAAAAUUACUAGUAUGGUCUGAUUCAGUUCAUUUUUCCAGCCACUUUUCAACAUUUAAUCUAUCUAAUAUUGGUACGAUCUUUAUGACGGUAAAUUUAAAAAGAAGACAGAGAAUAUCGUCGCUAACAAAGCCUAGGAAAAAGGAAACUUAACACAUACAAUUAUGAAUUACGUUCGACUUUCUACUGGGAGUUACUUUAACUAAUUCAAGGAGUGGAUGAGCAGUCUCAUCUCCGAGUGUAUUGAUGCUCAGUCCGCCCAAGGUUCUCAGCCUGUGAAGUAGGACUUAUAGAGUUUAUUCCCAGUAAUGAGAUACAUUUCCCGACUCGUUCACAAAACUCAGGAGUACUGGAGGACGUCUCCUCCCUGGAUGGAAGGCUAGUCUAUAGCAGGUUACCCCCCGGUAUUUAGUCAGGUUUCUUAGACAGGUCGCCGUUGCCAGUUUUUACUCCUGGGGAGGGGGUAGGCCUAAAGUGUGACUUCUGACCGGCAGGCUCUCACCUUUAACUUAGUAUUUGAUGUUUUAUAAUUUCAGUUCCAAGUCAUGUGGUUAGUUGGCUUCACUUUACACCUCAGUGGUGUACUGGAGCAGGAAGAUCAACCAGGCUUGCAAAUGGAAUAACAGCAGACGAGUGCAAAGAGAUGUGCACAGAGAACUGUUUGGGAAUGGAGUGGUGGGAGGGAUCUAUGUCAUGUUUUGAGUGUACAGAUCCUUCUAAGAAGACCUCAUACACCAACACAAAUGAUGGAGGCUACCCGCCUCACGUGUUCCUAAAGAGUUAAGAUUAAGGGUACAUCUAUUCCUAUCUAAGUCCUCUCAAGUCUUUCAACCUCCCCGAAGUUUUCCCUGAUUUUACCCCGCGAAAUAUAGACUUAGGUUAAUAGGGCUACACUCAUGAAUUGGGAAAAACUCAGUUUUAAAGUGUACAUGAAACAAAUCUUUUUUGCGUACUUUCCUUCCUUGGUAUAUAUAAUCAAAAAACUAAUAAUUACCCGAAAAUGGCAAAAAAUUAAAAAAUUAUUUGGUUUUUAUAUGCGGCCGAAAUACGGUCAAUUUCCCUUUAAAAGGGUUUCACGAAACUGGGGACGAGAACUGUGUUCGUGACGUCACAGCACGUAGUCAUGAUGUGAUACUACCAAAAUAGGUGUGUUAUAAGCUUCCGGAAUGUUAAAGAAUAUUUUGCGGAUGUCCAUAAGGACUCAGUCAUGUAGUAGUAGUAGUAGUAGUAGUAGUAGUAGUAGUAGUAUUUAGUUAGUAGUUAGUUGUUGUUGGGAGUGACCGACUCUUUAGGAACCGCUUUUAGGACCGAGAGAGAGUUACAGCAGAAGAUUGAACAUUUCAAGGAACGUAAACUUGCCUUCGUAAAGAGAUUAAAAGCGGACGUUUCGAGCGUUAGCCCUUCGUAGACGAAGGGCUAACGCUCAGCGUUAACGCACAGUCAGCUUUUAAACUUUUUACGGUGGCUAAUUUACAUCAUUAACUCAGUUUAUAGUACUUAAAAACCCAGGUAUUUAAUAAAGGGAUGUUACGCUGCCCAUGCACUAAAUUAAAACAAUCUACGUAGCGUGUGGACCUGUUCGGACUGGCCGAAAUUUUAGGCCGUUAUUCGAAAAAUUUGACUUGUUUUAACUGUAGGUUGUAAAAACUAACCAAUUAUAACAGUUUUUCCUAUCUAUAUUGUGUCCUUUUAAAACUGUCGGAAUAUUUGUAUAUUUAUAUUUAUUUUGCCUUGUGGCCAACUUGGUUAUGCUAUCCGGUAUAGAUAAGCUAUGGACUGGACCAAUGGACCCUUGGACCAUUAGACCAUUUUUGGACUAUUUUGUUUUAACUUUAAGUAUUCAUGGAGGGGUGGAGGGCGGAUACUUUGACGCUUGUACUAGUUAAUCCGAAAGACUUAAUUAGUUUAUAUCGAGCUAGAAGGAAAACAAAUCAUUAAAAGAUAUAAAGUAAUAUUUAAAAACGGUGAAAAACACCGCUUGCAGUUGAUUGUGAAUAACUUCAAGUGGCAUUUUUUUUUCAUAUCUUCAUUCUUUCAAUAGAAGAUUCAGAAGAUCUGUUAUCACAACUUUCGCUUUUAUGUUUCUUGUCAAGGACUUAAGUAUAGCGAUGAUAAAGAAUCGCAUCUUUCUAAUAAAGUCUGGGUUCAUGGCGCGUAAUUAUAAUUUUAAAAAUAAAUAGAAAUAAGCACCUUCUCAUGUCUCAUUUUUAAAAGGAGAGCUGGCUCGAGGAACAAUGAUUUGAUUUAGCUUCUAGAGGCAAGAAAUAGCUCGCUGGCCAAGUCUAGAAUUUUUCUCACAUUUAUUGGUAAGCAUGAGACAUUUUCUAUGAUAACUUAUUGGACAGAGUAAGAACUUAAUAAUAGCGAAGAGCAUCCAUUUCAUUGUUUUGUAUAACAGGUUGUCAAAAAUAAACAAACUAAAUGAUGACUUACAUUAUUUACAUCGGGUUUUGAAAAUGUCUGGCUAUAAGAGUUACUUUUCACUGAUUUUCAAUUUCAAUUUUAGCUCUUUAAUUAGUCAAUUGAUUGCAGACCCUCACCGCCUGUUGAAUUUAACUGAAAACCUAUUCGAUAACGGACGUAAUGGUGGGAUGACACCUUAUUAAAAUUAACCUCUUUUGAGUGCAUGGUUAUUAAUAUAACAUGCGUUUCAUUCAAUUAGUCGGAAACUUAGUGGAGACCAACUUCGACAAGAAGGCAGAAAAGUUGACCAUAUUUUAUAAGCUUUUGCUAUGGUGUUCCGUUUGUGCCUUAUUUUCUUUGGCGUCUUGUAUUUGUCGAUCACGGCCAAGACACACAUGCAAACUUCUCUUUACCGAGAUUACAAAACAAAAUAUGGAAAAUUCAAAUCAAAUCAAAACCAAAGUCUCUUGGUCACAAUUGCAAGGUCGCACUUUCUGAAAGAUGAUCUAGAUUGUUCAUCCAGCUGUAUUGGGGAUACCAAGUGUUUGUCAUAUAACAUAGCCAAAUCUCCAGACUCUAAUGGCAUCUAUAUAUGUGAGGUGUUGGCCACAGACAUGUACAGAGCUAAAGACAGACUUCGAGCGAAUUCUAGCUUCCAUCAUUUUAGCCCAAUGGUGAGUGGUAACACGAUAAGGCGUCGCUCAGAACAGUUUAGUUUUGUGUAGUCGACGUUCUUUUCAUGCUUUUCGUGUUAGCUUUCGAGGGAACAGUGAGAGUGCGUAAAAUUAUUUUUCCUCUCAAGUUCCACAUAAGUAAUAGACAGAGAAGUGGCUAAAAUUUAUCAUUUGGAUAAAUUUUCCUUUUUAUCUUGCCAAUGCUAUCGACAUCAAAGCCAAUGUCCUUAUCUGAUGCUAAAAAGGGUUAAAAGGUAGAGAGCAUAUUUUGCUCUUAGAUAAGGUCAGGAUGUACUCGGGCGACACACCAGGAAUUCUGAGAAGUACUCCCCGCAAAGGUCAAAGACCAUCGACUCAAACCAUUUUUUUGUUCAAUGAAACCAAGGUUUUAAUGAAAAAUUGCUCUAUUUAACGAACUUUGGCUUUGUGGAUGCAUUCAGGCGUACAGUUUCGUUUCAUUGACUGGAUAUAUUACACAACAUAUCAUGGAGCUGAAAAUUGUGUUUAACAACUGAAUAAAUAAUUAAUCAUUUACCUCUCUUUUCUAUGCUUGGAAACGAGAAACGAGACUUCAAAGAGGCUGUUUGAAUAUUUUUUUUAAUGAUACAGUCGCCAUGUGAGAGCUCGCCUUGUCAGAAUAACGGAACAUGUAUUCCUGACUAUUUGGGGAAUUCUUAUUCCUGCACUUGUAUGUCAUAUUUCAAUGGAACGUACUGUGAAACUCGUAAGUAUGCCUUAUCUUGCAAAUAUUCUAAGUUAUUUAUAGCAUUGUAUGCGUAAUUAUUCCAUUGUCGUACUCUGUAAGGAACCGUCGGCCAUAAAACGGCCAAAAACUUAUAAAUUUCAACCAUUAGUCGUAAAUGAAAUCAACCGUAAAAAUGUUUCUGGUGACCACUAUGGAAAGAUAUUAAUCGUUAGCCGUAAAUUGACCAAAUGUUAAACUAUUAGCCGUAAAAGCCAUCACCCCAUUGAAACUCUCUUAAGUGAUUAAUAUAAUUUGGGUAAUGUGGUUUUGUAAGUGAUAACUGUAAUAUACUGUAUACCAACCUCUUGGUUUAAUUUUGUUUCAAUUAGUUAUUGUGUAGCAUUGCAACAGAAUUGCAGUAUGUAAUAGAGUAAAGUAUACAAAGGGAAAAGUGUUGCGGCAAAAAAUUGCUACUUAGAGGGCCUUUAGAAUUAUUGAUAUGUCGUGAUUCAGUUCCUUUACCCAACUCAUUUUUACCAGUAAUCUAUCUAACAUUGGUCUAAUAUUUAGAAAGUAACAUUCGUCAAGAAGACGGUGGGUACUUAAAGCCGAAACGUAGUUUACCAAGUUGCAGUUGGUUUAAGUUUUGGAUCGGAGAGAGGGUGCUAGAGUUAAUGCAAUCGCGGAAAACGUCUGGUCUCAUCUUUAAAUGCUAUGACUGAUUCAAAGAUAAGCUUAGCAAUCAAAAUAUCUGAGUGCAUCGAUGUUCAGCGUGUUUAAGGCACUCAGUGUCUCAGGCUCUCCGCAUCUCCGCUUGCCGAGAGCCUGGCGCGAGUUAAUGGAUGUUUGACUGUCAUGAGUCGACUUAAACCUUUUGGUUGCUUCCUGUAUGGUCGCGGGACAUAGCUUGGCCUGGGCUCUUGCGCCAAUAAAUUGUGGUCUGAAAUAAUAUCAGCUGGGAUUUUUGCAAAUUCUUUGCUUCAUCGUGUAUUCGUAGAUCAAAGUGCCAGUGCUUGAUCACUGCACGAAACAAUGAUGAUGAUAAUAAUAAUAAUAAUAAUAAUAAUAGUGAUAAUGAUAAUAAUAAUAAUAAUGAUAAUAAUAAUAAUAAUAAUAAUCACGAUUUACUUUUCGCUUAAGUUCCAAAGUUCUGAUUUAAGAGAUUACAAUUUAAGAAAAUAAAAAAAUAAAGCUGAUUACACCACAGUCAUAAAGUAAACGCCCGUUUAGAAAGAUACAUCUUAAAGUUUCUUUUAAAAUUACUUAAGAGGAACUUUUCUGAAAGGCUUUGUCACCAUAUGUUUUUUAGUUGGAGAUUGGUAUAAAUAAAACUUGUUGUGAAGUAGAUGUGAGGGGGGUAGCUAAUGUUUGUGUUUGUUCGCUACAUUUGGAUUUUUUUUUUCAGCCAAACCCUGCAAUUUCGACUUUGAAAAUGGGAUAGGUGGCUGGAUAAGGAGCGGUACAGCUUUUAAUAAUCAGCCGACAUACGGCGAUAACCCUACGGCGCGCUUGAGAGAGUCUGCAAACCAACAGGGCAACUGGUGGAUUGGAACAUUUGAAAAUCGUCCAUCUAUUGAUACACCCGCGGGACACGUUCAAGACGAUGCUCCUCAGGGAUAUCUCACUUCCCCGUCCUUUAAGAUCAACGGAAAAAGUGUUAACUUUCUUGUCGGUGGAGGUUGUGACAUUAACAUAGUUCGAGUAGAACUAGUUGUCGGGAUUCAGGUAAGCGAAAAUACCUCUGAUAGCUUUCUCAGGUUAAUGAAGCGUUAUUCAAAAGUGCUGAAGAUAGUCGUUUUCAGGACUAGCUACCAUUCCAUGGACGAUCGUGCACUUCCCUUGCCCUCACGAACCAUUCAUAAGAUGACAUGUCAUGAUACUUGUUGGCUGAUUUUUAGCUUUGGGAAUACAGAUGCAAUAGAUUAUCUGCGGAUUUUAUCGAUAUGCUCCAAAUUUGCACAAAUGGUUUGAUCCUUACUCCUCCUUUUGGGAGGAAUAGGGAUCGCACGUUAGAUUCGAACCACUUGUCUCGGACAAGAUACUUUACUGUCCCAGUGUCUCCUUCUAACUUAAAAACAAAAUUGACCCAGCGAGAAUCUGUGUGAAUGAGGUUCUAAAGCAAAAAUCUUUCAUCUUUUCCACGCUGUUGAAACAACUUGGCCUUCUCGCAAUGUUAACGCCAUCUGUGCGGUCCUUUGACAGCUAGGAAAGAAGUAAAAUGUUUUUGAUGUAAGUAUGACAAGCUUUGCAACCCUUGUCAAGGUUUUUUGAUACAACCUAUUGUGCUGUCUACGACAAAUUUUUCUUUAUACAUUUUAGGUUGUCAAAACUGUCACUGGUACUUGCUCUGAGACCAUGAACCGUGCGACUUGGGAUGUUGAGCAAUUUAUUGGUCAAAUUGCACAUGUCAGACUUGUUGACGCUGGCUCCUCGGCCUGGCAUCACAUCAAUUUCGAUGAUCUUAAAGGAGACAUUAGCUGUGAAUAAUAACUCAUGAUCUGUCCAGUCAGAUAUUAAAUAAGCCAGCUGAGAUCAUCUGCUAUUGCACAUAGCACUCCAAAAGUUACAAAUAACCUUCUGAGUAGCUUUAUUUCUUAAUGCAAUUAUUUGUAUCGCAGGCCGACGGCCUUUUAUACUUCCUAUGAUAGGAAUGGCUUACCUUUUUUUUCGCAUCUAAGCUAACAGCCGAGAGUGAAAAGUUGAAAACUCGGCCCCCAUUCCAAGGUAAACGGAAACAAUAAUAUCAGAAAAAAGGGCACUGUGAUUUUUGGUAAACAGGAAUCAUACACGUCCUUCGAAAAAAACCUGUUCACUUCUAUUAAUUAAGUAUGUUUUCGCUCAGGAUGUCGAAAAAUGACAAAUUUACUAUUUUUUUUCAUGGGUAUUCUCACUGUGACAACGGAAGUACAUUCAUCGUUAUUCUAAAUCGAGCCAGACCAAAAUAUGUAUGGUCAGUACUUUUCGAAAAAAAACGUUUUCAGUGUUUAUUUCAUGUUGUUUUUCAUUUCGAGAUUCGUUAUUUAAAAAUAUAUGAAAACUUGGUUUUGCUUUCAACAUGCACACAUGCUCUUUAAUUAACAACUAGGAAGGCCUUGAAUUCUUCCUAACUCCCAUAUACUACCUGCUGGCAGUUUGUCUGAUUAACAUAACUUUGGGUGAUUAGGGAGAAUUAAACCAGAUUUCAGAGUCUUACUAGAAUGUUGCGGAUUUUUAUGUUUGUUGAUUUCUUGUACUAGUUUUUCAUGUGCCAACUUGUUCGGUCUGGGUUAAACUUAAGUCUGUGGCAAAUAUAGCCAAGGAGAGGAUCCUCUGAAGGUGUGUUUGCCGUACCACCCCUUUUUUCUCGGUGCAAGGUAAAAAGAAUCAAAGUAAUUGACUAAGUUGGAAGUCUUACAUAAUGAGUAAACCUAAUCUCUUGGUCAUUGCACUAAGGCGGGCGGUUUUAAUCUACCUGUUUUGCUGCCUAAGGCUACUGAUUAGGUGGUACUGUUUCUUUGUUUUUUUAGUUCCUUACUAUCUGUUUAUGUUUACGUGACAUGCAGUCCGUGACAAUCUUGUGAAAGCAGCCGUGUCAAAAUGACGAAAUCUGCAUUCCUAACUUUGAACGAAACUCUUAUCACUGUCACUAAAAAGCGGGAUCUGCAGUAAUUCACUGUGAAGGUGUGUAAGUUGUGAACAAAGUAAAAGGAAUGUGUUAAACAGCUUUUGCUCCUUUUUUCAUACGUCAGAUAUUGAAAUCCUCUCCCUCUCCCUCUGAUUAAUGAAGGAGGGUCUUCCUCUGUGUUCUUUCAUAGCAGGUUGGCUGUAGUAGCGUUAGAUUAUGCAGUAUGGGGCGCUUUGGGAAAAAUUUUCAUAAAAAGCAACAACAGCAAACUUAGACGGGGAAAUUUGAGUAGAAAAUUCCAUUUUACUAAAAUUGCCAAUUCAUCCAUUCUAAAAAUUACCCUAAAUAGUUCAAAGUAAAUGGAUGUGCCAUAAAAUCUUUGUUAUCAUUGAUGUUCUGCUCAGCAAAUAGCGGCUAUUUUCAUCCUCUGCUUAGUCAGUGAAGAAUAGUGAAAAGCUAAGUGCACACACAAAAAAAAAAACAAUCGAAACCGUGGCGUGUCCUUGUUUUUCUUUUCCUGAAAUGACUUGGAUUAUACCCUUACGUCUCUGCUCUAUGAUCCCUUGAAAUAGCCUGCCCGUGACCCCCUGCGCUGAAAACUUGUGACAACUGUCUUCUGCCCAAGUACUGCGAAGCAAUAGCCCGUUUGCUGUAAAAUGAAUAAGCUCUCAUAUUUCGCUGAAAUAUCCGAAGGUUGCGAAAAAAAAGCGAUGAUCCUUUAACGGCAAUUUUUCCUCGUUAAAUAAAUAUGUCUCGUCGAUCAUUUACUUCAGUGUAUUGAUGUUGUGGGAGACCUUUCUACGCUGCUGUUACUACAAUGGUCGGUUUCUUGCAUCCAAGAUUUUUCGUAUUUAUGAUUCUUUGAGCUUACAGCUGUGAGUGGAAAACUCUGCUUCACAUACAUAACAUGAUAUUUCAUUCAAGAUGCGAGAAGUCAAAGAAAAAUACAUCUUAAAAAGGAAUGACAGAAGUAAGCCCUUUGACGUGUCACUUUAAAAGAAUAGGAAAAUAAGAACGGAAGUCAAACUUUUAAAAGUGUCUCUGUCAUUCAAAUAAAGUUCAUGUUGAGUGUAAGAAUUUUCCUCAAGAUGUUAAAAAUGUCGCAGGCGGACUAUGAUCAUAAAAUGUGCAGCUGUUUUACAUACAAGAAAAUCCAAACGACUCAAAGGGCUUCCCUUGGAACUGUUUGUUGGUCAAAUGUGGUCUGAUAACUUUGCAGAAAUGAUUAAAGAUGGCAUAGCCCUUCAAGCUGUUUUGAACAAUUUCAGUGUUCAACUUAUUACUCAUGCUUCUCUUCUUGAGGAGACAAACACAAUAUGUUCUCCUUUUAUGGGUCACAGAGUAUUUUACCACAAUUGGCUGUAAUUUCGCGGUCUGAUUAGCCAAUUUGCCUUCGUCGAUAACAGUACAGCCAAUGUUGUUCGCGUCAACAUGUCACGCAAUGGUUACGCACUAAAGAAUUGUUUUAUUUCGACGUUGAUGUUGGGGUUAAAAACAAAUCGAUAGUGGUUUAGAGUGGUCUCCACUCUUAUUUGUCAUCACAGUGGACAAAAUGUUGUGGACUUACAAGGCGCAGCUGUGAUGACGAAUAUCGUUGUCGAUUAAGAGUACAGCACUGCCAAUUAUGGUAAAUUACACUAUAACCCUUAGAACGAGAAAUGAUUGUGUUUGUUAUUAUAAAAUGUCGGCGCAGAUUCCAUUUCUUAGUCCAUACUGCUAGCUGAUCGCUAUCGUAUGGUAGCUCCUACUUAAAGCGAUUUUUUCAACAUUUACCAGUUCCCGUCGUAUCUUAGUGUCAUCGGCGAACAUCCGAGUGAUUGUGGAGAUGUUUGAUGAUAUGUCACUGACGUAUGUUAAGAAGAGAGUAGGAUUAUUUUCGCUCCGGAACGUUACAAAUAAUAGUCUUUUUCAGCGAUAUCGUUACUGUAACACCAAACGAUGUAUAUUUAUUGCUAACAUAAAUCAAACAAGACCAAAAGCUAUAAAGUUAGUGGCUACGAAAAAAUCUGCUUUUUUUUUGUUUAACCUUUCUUAUUUUUUUUGCUGUAUUUCAUUCAUUACUUGCCUCCUUCAUUCAAAAUUAAUGAAGUUUUUGGUAGUUACUACAAACACACUCACUAAUUAAUAUCAACAGAGUUCAUUUCAGGAAUCUCUCUUCACCCUUGGAUUAAUUAACAAAGCUAGCUAUUGUAACAGCUGCAUGGAAGACUUGAGCAGAUUUCUAAGGUUUUCCAACAAAGUUAUCCUUCUUUUCCAGUUAUGGCGGUCAUCAGCUUUGUUUUUAUUUUGACGUUCCUUCUGGUUUUCAACGUCUCUGAAAACGGUCGAUCCUUACAACCUGGCGCUCUUCACCGAGACAAAAACCUACAGAUUAUGUAUGGUAACUUUAAAGCUACACUUCAUAAGCAUCUUUCCGCAACAGUAAUCGCAACUAUCCUAACUAAGGACGAAUUUCUAUGCUCGUUCAAAUGCAUCACUAAAAACGAAUGUUUCUCGUACAACUUGGCAACAUAUCCAGAUAAUGGUUUCUACAUUUGUGAAUUGCUGGACACAGACAAAUACAGAGCCAGAAAAGAACUGAAAGCGAAUUCUUCUUUUCACCAUUUCAGUCCAGUGGUAAGUUGUAGUUCAUUUAAAUUGCCUUGAUAUUCCUAAUUAUUGCUGUCUUUAAUGUGAAAAGUAAAAUCUUUAUUACAGCUAGUUUCAUUAUUGAUUCCAUGGCAGAUGACUGCUGGUAAAACUUUUAGGUUCCCACAGAAUACUCAGAAAUGUUAUAGAAGCCGUCGACUAUUAAAAUAACCCCAACAAUUUUGGGGACCAAGCUUUAAUCAAGAGACGUGAAAAAAAAAGAAAAAAAAGAAAUGAAAAACGAUGCUGUUUGAUGUCUCCUGAUAACGAAUAGACACCUACAGUCCCUAAUAUGCAUAUCUUCAGUAUGCAUGCUAUCUUCGGGCGGUUUGUAUGUACUCUAACCUUGGGUGAUUAAGAGAGAACCUGAUUUUGUAGCAUUACCAGAUUAAACUAUGAACACAUUCUGCGAAAUUUGUUUAUCGCAGAUUUUAUGCAGAUUGUCCUCCAUCCGAAAAAUUAUCUCUCCGAAGAAAAAGAUCCUACAUGACAUUAAAGAUGUCGUAGAAGUUCACCUUGUUAAGUCCGAUAACUUCUCAUUUGAGUCAAAAUAUAUCCGUGCAAAAUUUUUGUGGUACGGGUAUGCUAUCUUUAUGUAAUUAAAAAAGGAAACUGUAGAGGUCAAAACUUUUGGAAGAUUUUUAUAACAGUAAAUGUUAGUAAAAUGACGUGUUGAUACUUCAAAACCAGACUUGCAUAUUGUGAUGAGGUGCAAAUCAGGAUUACAUGUAUUACCGGUCGUUCAUUUAUAUUCCCCCAGUGUCAGCUUUGCAUAUUAUUGUCUAUUAGGGGAAAACCACUCUAGCUGGCGGUUUUACGUUUGCUGUACGGCCAUAGUAAGGAUAACCGGGAGUAAAAUCUUUGAAAUCCCUGCGGAAUUCUUGACCCAUAAUCUCCUUUCAACUGAGUACAAGUUAAAAAGAGCUGAGGUGAUUAUUCGUUUCAAAGGUCCUUAAUACCACAGCUAAACCUAAUUUACCGUUUACGUUCACAUCAGCAGGUGGUGUUAAUCUUCCUCUUUCGCUUUUUCAGGUUACUCUAUGAAUGGUGUUGUCUUUGUUACUCUAUGAAUGGUGUUGUCUUUGUUAGUGUUGAUUUUCAGUUUUCUUUGCUUUUUGUCUCUUUUUACCCGACAGUCAUUAUGUGAAAGCAGCCCGUGUCAAAAUGAUGGAACUUGCAUUCCCGACUUUGAACAAAACUCUCAUCAAUGUGACUGUAAAGCAGGAUUUGCAGGAGUUCACUGUGAAGGUAUGUGAGUAGACUGGAAGACAUGUUUUAAAAAGACUCUAGCAAAACUAAAGCUGAAGCUUCAACUUGCAGCUUUUGCUACUAAUAUUUCAUACCUUAACUUGUGGAAUCCUGUAUCUCCCUAAUGUUAGGAUCCACUUUGAAUAUCAAUCCAGUUGUAAAACAGAGUUGUACGGUAGUAACUUCAAACAAUGCCGCACCACAGUUUCUUAAGUUUCUUGCCCCUUUUACACUGAAUGAGCGGUUGUGAAAGGAGGUCUAAUAUCUCUCACGAAAUAUUCUCGGUGAAAUCUACCUAUUCAAAGAAUCGCCAGCACAAUUUUGUGAAAAGCCGCUGAAAAUCUUCUAAAGUCUGUUUUUUUUUAAAGCUUGCAAGUUUGACUUUGAAGAUGGCAUCAUGGGCUGGAUAAAGACAGGAACAGCAUUCGAUAAUCAGCCGACUUUUGGCGACAACCCAACGGCUCGUAACAGAGGUCAACCCUCUAAUCACCAGGGUGAUUGGUGGAUUGGUGGAAGUGAAGAUCGGCCAACCAUAGGAACACCGGCAGGACAAGUACAAGGAGAUGGACCCCAGGGAACUCUGGCCACGCCUUCCUUUAUUAUCAUCGGUCAUUUUAUUUCUUUUUUGAUUGGGGGAGGCUGCGAUAUAAAUGUUGUUCGUGCGGAGUUAAUCGUUGACAAUCAGGUGAGUAUUGGAGUAUUGGAUCGUAAUAUGAAUGAUGCCUGUCUGUCUCUACACAUUUAUCUCUCGCAAUAUAUUUGGCAAAUGUCGACGUUCGAUCGAUCAGUAAUAGAUCGCAGAUGAUGUCAAACGUAGCAAGAAGGAAAAAAUGGCAAACGACGCACAGCCGGGUGCCUCUCUGAUGUUCUUGCAACAUUUUGAUGUCUGUUGUGAUAUUGCAUGCGACAUACAAUCUAUCUGCUUUAUUUAAUUAGAGGCGAAAUGUAGCUGAUGGUGACGCCAUCUAUGAUCUCACACACUUCAUCUAAGUAAUCUCAGAGCCGGAGAAAGAAUCAAUAAAUUUUUUUUAAUAAUGGUAAGACGUUUGACAUCAGAAAUUUUUAAGGACAACGUAAUAAGAUAACCAACAACAGGCUUGUUGGGAUGAACUUGUAUUUAUUUAUAUAUUUAUUCCAUAUAUAUAUAUAUAUAUAUAUAUAUAUAUAUAUAUAUAUAUAUAUAUAUAUAUUCUAACGAUGAACGGCAGAAGAGGAUCUACAGGAUACAAUGUCUCGACGUGAAUUUGUCCUUAAGGCCUUCUGGGCCUCAUUAAUGCAACUCUGAUGCUCUGGACGGGUUUAAUGGAGGCCGUUCGGCUUUCUUCAUAAAAAUUAAAACAUAAAAAAGUGAUCUACAAUGAUUGCGACUUAUAUCAUCUAAAAUUUUAACAUUGAGGUUAGAGACAACAAAGGUCUAAAUUUCAAACUUUGACCUUUUAUUAAAUAAUAAUAAGACGUUUGACAUAAGAAAUUUUAAGAUCGAGGUUACGUAAGACAACGAAGGUCUAAUAUAUAUAUAUAUAUAUAUAUAUUUAUAUAAACAGCGUAGAAUUGGUAUUCCUAACGAUGAACUCAUGUCAUUAGAAUGGAUGGCCAAUUCACAAGUUCUUUUGUUCUUCAGCAUAUUCGACUUGUGGUUACGAAUUUUACUUUAAAUUCAGUCGAGGUGGAGCCUACGUAUUGCAGGUUGCAUUUGUGUGUGUGUGUGGCGUUACCUCAACUCUUCCGUUGUUUUAUUCGACCUAAAAGUUAUGAAAAACCUAGAGUUGGCCAAACCCAUAUUUAUUUAAAGAUUGAAUUAUUUUCAUUGGAGCAUCCUUAUGUAACUCACUUUAUAAAUGUCUCGAUUUUCAAGAGGGUGAAUUCACCAAAAAAACAAAUUAGCCGGCUUUAAACAUUCGCAAGCCUAGAGUAUUCUCAGAUUGAUUCCAAACUUUCUAUCGCAUUUGUUAAAAUUAAUAACUAUUGUCGUUUCACAGGUUGUGAAACAAAGCACCGGAAGAUGUAUCGAAACCUUGACUCAAGGGACAUGGCAUGUACAAGACUUUUUGGGAAAGCGUGCUUUCGUUAAGCUGAUUGACAUCAGCUCUGGAGCCUGGGGCCACAUUAACUUUGAUGACCUUAAAGGGAAUAUAAGCUGUGGACAAGUAUAA